AUGGCUUCCUCGCCUUCGGCAUCGCCGCAGCCCCCAGAUCAACCUCCACCAGAUAGGGAUCAUGUCCACCUGCGCAUCACUUAUUUAGUUACAGGCAACCCGCGGCCACCUCAUUAUCUGGGAAACCUCCAUCUGAAUACUACCAUUGCGGCCCUCAAAGAGAGAAUUCAGUCUGAGUUGCCUGAGCGUCCGACUCCCCCCGAGCAACGCCUCAUCUACCAGGGUCGCCCUCUACUGCGAAAUGAUGCCAACUUGCGAGAUGUGCUCAGAAUACAACCUGGCGCCGUACCUGAUGCCCUUCCAUAUACCAUCCACAUCGUGAUCCAUUCUCAGCAGAAUACUUCCAACCCCCCGCAACCUUCAAACCCCAUCCUCAAUCCACGCCCACCGGCCCCCUUACAACCCGUCCAUCAGCCUGCAGACUUUACAAGCCCUUUUACAACAGGCCCUUUCACAGCUGUCGAGACCUCGGCCACUCACCUCCAGGAGUCCCUUGGUCGUAUACAACAACAGAUUGACGCCAGUAGUGCCGAUCUGAGAACGGCUCAGCAGAGAAUAGCCUUCCACCGAUACACUCUGGGUGUUCCUCCGACUGUUUUCCACACUCACGUUGAUGCAAAUGGCCAGCCGCAGCCUGGUUCUCAGCCUCAGACCUUUGGAACGAACUUGCACGUUGACCUGCCUUUUGACCAGCGAGCACACGCUCAACGACCUCCAGGCCGCGGGCUUCCACACCCUCGCCAGCCGCCAAAUGCCGUACCAGUCCUUCCACACUCGCAUGGAACAGCACCGGCACCACUGGGUCCGCCUCAACACGCUGUCCAGACAUUCCCAAGUCCCAACGGAGAACGCAUGAUGGCUGUGACGAUGCCCGUCCCGGGCCCACCUCCAGGGUCUGGACAGCAACCUGCCGCACAGUCCCAGCCGCAGACGAACACUUCCACUCAAGCGCCACAUGUCAACCCCUCCCCGGCCGGGUCGACCAUGUUACCUCCUUCUAUUAAUUGGAAUGCUCCGAUGUCCAUUCCGCCCAUCAGUUUACCAAUUUCCUUCGCACCAAUCCGUCCAAGUCCCUCACAUCCGUCAAAUACCACAGCCUGGCUACUAUCAUCGCCAAUGGGCCCUCAGGCAUUGCUCUUUGCUCCUGGCCAUGGCUAUUUUACUUCUUCGGCCCCGAGACCGCGGCAGCAAGAAGCCGGCGGCGUGCCAGAUUCUCAACUUCAGACAAACGGCUCAGGUGGAACAGAGGCGACCCAACCAGCACAAGUAAUCAAUGAGGAUCAGCAGAACGCGGACCGCGCAAUAGUACGAGUCAACCAGCCCCAACCCGAUCAGCCUCAACCUGUCCCGGCGCUGGCGCAAGCACAGCAGAACGGAGAAGACAAUGAUCUCUUUGGAUUCAUCAUCAAUCGAGGCUGGCUUUUCCUUCGCCUCUACCUAUUUAUGUUUGUUUUCUCCGAGCCGGGAACCUGGAAGCGAUGGCUUAUGAUUAUUGCGGCGGCUAUCAUCUGUCUACAACCUCGAGAUGGUCCAUUUACUCGCAUGUUGACAGCCGCGCGCCGUCACCUUGAUAAUCUUAUUGGCCCGCCUCCACCGCAACCGCCGCCAGAAGCGGUGGCGCAACAACAAAAUGCCGCGGCGAACCAACCUGGUGCUGGCCAGCCUCGAAACGGAAAUGCCGUACAACGACCCGCCAACGUUCGUGGAGCCAUCCGAAUGACGCCAGAAGAAGCGAGAGCUCGACUUCACCAAGAGCGACAGAUUCAUCAACAGCCCUUCUGGCGAGACACCCUAUAUCGUGUCGAGCAGAGUAUCGCGCUGUUUCUAGCGAGUUUGAUCCCUGGUGUGGGCGAGCGUCAUGUCAGAGCAAGGGAGGAGGCGAGAAGGGAAGAACAACGUCGGGAAGAAGAAAGAGCACGCGCAGAGGCCGAAGCAGCUGCGCAGAGACAGAACGGGGAAGAGGCGGAUGCCGAAGCUGGUGAACAAGGUUCGUCUGUUGCGGCCCAAAAACCUGAAGUCGACCUUGGCGGGCCCGUGGAGCAAAGUGCUUCAACCUCUGUCCAGGUCGGAGACGGCGAAGGUGCAUCAGGUGAAGUGCGGAAUCGGACUUGA